GAGCCCGUCAGUGCUGUCAGUGUGCUGGUAAAAUAUGAGCCAUAGCGAGACGCGACUCCCUCUCAAACACUUAACAAGACGACAUCUUCAACGCGUCUAAUAUCUUAUUGCGAGGAAUCACAGUUGGAGAUUUCUAACCGUUUACUAGGCUACCUAACAUUGAUCAAUUGUUCCUUCUGUGCGGUGUGGCUGAUUCUCUGUUGCGCUGGAUCUGUCGUGUCAGAAGAUGUGUGUGGAGAGCGAUGGAUGCGAGAUCGAGGGCUGCAGCAGUUCGGAUGAGGUGCACACUCUCUCGGGCAGCAUGAGUCCUGGACUGAAAUCCAACCCGGACCUCCAUCCCUGCAAGCCCGGGCAGAAAUUCCGAGCUGCGCUGCUUAGAUGCCGGUCUCCGGCGGCUGCGGCUGGGAUUCUCAGUUUUGGGAAUGUGCUCAAUUACAUGGACAGAUACACUGUGGCAGGGGUUCUGCUCGACAUCCAGAGACACUUUAACGUAUCGGACAGCGGAGUGGGCUUGUUGCAAACAGUUUUCAUCUGCAGUUUCAUGGUGGCAGCGCCCAUCUUCGGUUACCUCGGCGACCGUUUCAACAGGAAGAUCAUCCUGAGCUGUGGCAUCUUCUUCUGGUCUGCCGUCACCCUCUCCAGCUCCUUCAUCACCAAAGAGUAUUACUGGCUGUUCGUCCUGUCCAGGGGCCUGGUGGGGAUAGGUGAAUCCAGCUACUCUUCCAUCUCUCCUACCAUCAUUGGAGACCUCUUCACCAAUAACAGCCGAACCAUGAUGCUCUCUGUCUUCUACCUGGCUAUCCCCCUGGGAAGCGGGCUGGGCUACAUCCUGGGCUCCAGUGCAAAGGAGGCUGCAGGGGACUGGCACUGGGCAUUAAGGGUGUCUCCAGUGCUGGGGAUGAUAGCAGGGACCCUGAUCCUGUUCUUCGUGCCUGAGCCCAAGAGAGGCCAUGCUGACCAGCUAGGAGGACGCAUCAAACAUCGCACCUCCUGGCUCUGUGACAUGAAGGCCCUGGCCAAGAACCGAAGCUAUGUGUUCUCCUCCCUGGCGUCUGCUGCGGUGUCGUUCGCCACGGGGGCAUUUGGCAUGUGGAUCCCUCUCUACCUGUUCAGGGCUCAGGUGGUACAGAAGACAGCAGAGGCCUGCACUAAAGACAUCUGCAGCAGCAAGGACAGUCUGAUCUUUGGUGCGAUCACAUGUGUUACGGGGCUGUUGGGGGUUGUGAUCGGAGCAGCCACCACCCGCCUGUGUCGUCAGAAGACCGAGCGGGCGGACCCCCUGGUGUGUGCCGUCAGCAUGCUGGGCUCAGCCAUCUUUGUCUGCCUCAUCUUCGUCGUGGCCAAGAAGAGCAUCAUAGGAGCUUAUGUCUGUAUCUUCAUAGGAGAAACGCUGCUCUUUCUGAACUGGGCCAUCACGGCGGACAUUUUAAUGUAUGUUGUCAUCCCGACUAGGAGGGCCACAGCGGUUGCCUUCCAGGGCUUCACUUCCCAUCUCUUGGGGGAUGCUGGAAGCCCAUACCUUAUAGGCCUGAUAUCGGACGCCCUCCAGAAGAGCUACACUAGGUCGGUGCUAUGGCAGUUCCUCAGUUUGGGUUAUGCCCUCAUGCUCUGUCCUUUCGUCAUCGUCCUGGGUGGCAUGUUCUUCCUGGCAACCGCCCUCUUCUUCCUCGACGACAGGGACAAAGCAGAGAAACAAUUGGCAGCAGUGACGCGACCACCCUCCUCAGUAAAGGUCUCCUGAGGAGGGGCCGUCCUUGGGAGGAAGCAGAGGCUCUGCAUGCUGCGCUGAAAGAGAGAGAGAGAGGGGGGCAGCUGAUCCACGUCUUUAUACCCGAGCCAUCCACCUUUAACUUCUUUGUCCUCUUCAUCACCACCCGCAUCAUCACUUUUCUUAUUCUACAUGUUGUGUGGAGGCUGUUACUGUUUAUAACUGGAAAGAGGGAGCGCUUUGUUUAACCCUAUAGAAGCCUCUGUCACACCUCUCCAUGGACUGGCCAAUCACACAAAGCAGUGUGCUGAAGCCAGCCAAUCGGCUCAGCAGCUGAUGGCCUCUGACCUUUUCGGGUUGUCUAAUAAAAGCGAGUCACAGAACCAUCAGGAGCCAAUGGGAGGGAAGAGCCCACCUGGCCCCUCCCCUAGUGCUAUACUACUGAAUGCUGAACAUGGACCUGCCCUAUCUGUCUGUCUGUCCACCUGUCUGUCUGUACGUCCGUCUGUCUGUCUGUCUGUCUGUCUGUCUGUCUGUCUGUCACAUUGCCUGUCAAUCUGCACCAAGUGCAAUAUCAUGACAUUCCACAACACAGAGGUUCUGCACUGACUGCCGUCACUAUAACAACCACCACAACCAUCAAAACCAGGAAGUCACUGAAAGGCCAAAAAAUGUAUCAAUAGUGAACAACGUCAGUGACCCCAUUUCUCACUCUCCAUCCACCAUGACAGUCAGGCCUGAUGAUCCAUCCAUCCAGCCAGCCUUAAGACUUUGAGCUUAUACAUUAACGACACACAGUGCAGGCAGGUUUCUUACUUCAUUUUCAUCCCCCCCUUCCAUGUUAUUUCUUGUUUCUAUGUCUUUUUAGCACUUAUAAUAAAACAGUGCCGGCCACACCGUACCAUACUCAGUAAGUGAUCAGAGAUGACACACAUUUCUGUUGCACACUACUAGAGCUUCUCUUUUUGGGAUUUGUAUUAUUGUGAUGUUGGAUAUGAAACUGGAGGUUAUUCUUGAUUGCCUAUGAUUGUUUCAGUAGGCGUAAGGUAAGACCUCCCCAGCUCAUUGAUGAAAGGACACUGGACUAGUACAUGUUUUAUAGUUAUUCUAAUGUAAACGUUUUUAUUUCUAAAAUGUUAAAAUGCUCAAUUUUAACCUAUAGGAGCAGUUUUGAAGGGGUGAACGAUAUACUUGUUUUUACCCUGCUUUGAAGGGAGCGAGGCAUUCUAUACAGUGGGAGAAGGAGCCUAGCAUGCAUUGGCCCUACCUGUGAACAAUAUGUUCCUUUUAACAAAUGUAUCUCAGUUAGAUGGUUGGAUUUGAUGUUCCGGACGGAUCACACCACCCACAUUGAAAGAGAGAGAGAGAGAGAGGGACAGUGGCAGAGUUACCUUUUAACGGUGGAUAAGAUUCAUUAUCCCCAACCAGUCACAAUAGCUGUCUUUGUGCACACACAGGGAUUAUUUUACCCCUUGUGGAUAUCCCAUUCCUGGAGUUGAGGAAAGAAAAGGACCCUUGGAGUCAUAAGUUAAUUAACCACAGAAAUCAAACCCUCGAAAGGCAUCAUAUUGCCCAGGUUAAAGUGGAGGAGUGGUUUCUUUUUUGUGAUAAUGGGUAGCCAUGAUGAAUCCAUGAAUAACAUAGGAACAAACAGUCUACAUAGAUAACAGGACCUUACUGACAACACCAACGACUGUGAUUGAGAAAGCAUUCAAAGAUAGUUUUUACCCUUAUUCACCCUCAAACGGGGACUAGGAUUUGUGGCAUUGAAAAAAAGCACUGCUUUCAUAGGAUACAGAAUGAAAUACACUUUUUGUCACUGAUUCACCAUAUACACAAUGGAGAAUAUGCUUUACUGCCUCUGUCAUAUACUAGUAUACCAUUCUAUGCAUCAGUUUGGGCAUCAUAUUUGACAGUUUAUGCAAUCUACUCUAACAUAAUAUGUCAAAGAGGAAGACAAUAAACAUAUUUAGGAAUAAUUCUGUACUUUAUAACGCAACAAAAAGAAACGUUCCUCCAACACACAACUCCACAAAAGGAAUGUGUGGUUUCAUAUUUUCUAUUGAAAGGAAACCACCUUGUAGAACUUGAUGCAAAAAUUUGUGGAAAUGUUGUGAUAGAUUGAAUUCAUUGGAGAGAUACAGAUGGGCUUUGAAAUGGUUAUUGUGUAGUAAUAGAUGGGUCUGACUCAUCGUGGCUGUAUGUGUGUGGGAUGAUGUGUCUCUAUUGCCAGUUAAUUUGUCUCAGCUUCCCUCACUAGAAUUAUCUCCCAAAUGGUACCCUAUUCCCUAUCUAGUGCACUACUUUUAACCAGGGCCCAUAGGGUUCUGAUCAAAAGUAGUGCACUAUAUAGGGAAUAGGGUAUCAUUUCAGAUGCAGAUAUAAACUGAGGUGGAGAGCUCUCUGAAUGUGAUUCUAUCCAACCUGAUGUGUUUACUCAGCAACAUCAUCUUAAUCUUAUCUUUAUCUUUCUUUUUAUACAAAUUAGUUUUAUAUAUGACUGCAAUAGAGAUAUAUAGCUAUAUUAUGCAGCGAUUUUAAUAUAUUGUAAAUGAUGGCUUGGAUGCAAUGUAUUUAUUUGUUUGUUAAUGACGACUGAAGAAGAAUCUGUAAAGGGAAGUUGAUGUUUUAAGUUUACUCUUAAGUAUACACUUUAUUGUCUCUUUGGGUUAAGAAAGGCUCCUACGUAUAUGUUCAUCAUAUUGUAUUGCAAUGAAACAACACAAUACCUUUUUACAUCACUGAGAAUCCUUGUGUUUACUGUGAUCAUGAAUUGGAUAUCACACACACACAUGCACAGACACACACACACACACACACAGGGAACUGCAUCGUUAACCGUUUUAUACAAAGUAUUGCUCUAUGCUCUAUUGCUCAAUACUUCAUUUUGUAUUUUCAAAAGUGUCGCUUCUUUUUCUAGACCAACAAAUCAAAGUAUUUUGCACGUUAAUUUUCAUUUGAUUGAGAAGGUGAUAUUCAGGGAUUUAUUUGUAACCCCAUAACUGGCAUGUUGUUCUAGAAUCAACUUCACACAUUCUAUAGAACUCUGUAGAACACUCUCCCACAGAGCACAGAACACUUUCAUGCUCACAGUAAGUGCUGGCAUUCUGUCUUAGAACAACAGUAGAGGGGCACAUAGUUCUGUUUGGAUGGGUUAUGAGGUUCACACAAUUCCAAAUUUUGAUCAUUUAGAUAAAAUAUCCUUUAGAAGUAAAAACAUAAUUUGUAUGGAGUAAUUCUAUUUGAAUAGUCACAGGAGUGAUGUAUUGAGAAUGUGCUCUUUCUUGUCAUACAAGAAUCAUGUAAAAAGAGGCCUAUUUCUGAUGUUGAGCAGAAAACAGAGGUUAUUUUUUAUUUUUUAGAGCAACUGUGUUAAAAAUAAGAGAAAAAUAAAAUACAAGUGAACAACAAAAUUAUUCUAGAACUUAACUGUGACACUCCCUCAGGGGGUGAUAUGAAAUGUACACAUAUAUGUAAAUGAUCAAAUAAACGUAUUUAAUCAAAGCA